CUCUCCUGAAACUUCAACCAUAGAAACUUCUCAGCGUGAGAGAGAGAGAGACAAAGAGAGAGAGGUGAUGGCCAAGAUUUCAGCAGCAAUUGCAACAGGAUUUAGAUCAAAUAGAUGUACUACUAUUACUACUAUUUCCCCUCUUGUUUUGCAAGGUUGUGGAAGCACAACAAGAGUUCUUGGAUGGAAAACAAACAGAGUUCAACACAUGAGGUUCUCAAAUGCUAUCAUAUUCAUCAUCAUCAUCAGGUCCAGUGACUUUCAGCUCCACAAUCUCCACAGACAUCCCUCUUUAUGAACCACCAGGACAAGCUUCAUUUGAUGAUUAUAUCCAGGAUAGACCCAGAGUUUUCAAUGCAAUGUUCCCAGAUAAACGUAGGAGCAAGAGACUGAAUGAUGAGGAAUGGCAGAUCCAAAUGCUUCCAAUACAGUUUCUGUUUGCAACAGUGAUGCCAGUGGUGGUAAUGCGCCUCAAGUGUAGAUCACUAGGCAAAAACUACCCUUCUGGUGUCCCUCUUCAUGCUACUAGAGUUUUGGAUCUCCAAGCUACAAGGUGGGAGCUCCGUGGCCUGGAAAACAUGUAUGUGCCUUCACAUUUCUCUCUCAGUGUGCAAGGAGCUUUGUAUGCUGAGAAGAAAAGGAGCAAUGGAGGAGGGAAUAGUCGUCUUAAGGGUCACUUGAAGAUGAGCAUCAGUGUGGUUCUUCCGGCUAUUCUCGCUAUUGUGCCGGAGAACAUCCUCCGAGUCGCUGCUGAGACGGUGCUGAAGAGAUUGGUGGAGAAAAUGAAACAAGAAGUAGAUGGAGCUUUGCUGUCUGAUUUUCAGAGUUUCAGGAAGGAAAUGCUGAUGACUAAAAGAGCACAAGCCAUUGCUUCUGCUGCUCAUAGAGAUAGAGAUACAAGUAGCAAUCAAUUGUAACAUGUGGCUUUAUAUAUUUUACUUGAUCUGCUGUGAAUCUCAUUGAUUUGUAUAACAAUUAAUUAUAGUGUAAGAUUGCAAAAUAUGUUUUUGUUACAAGUA